AUGCGUUACGUUUCCGCGUACCUCCUUGCAGUUGCCGGUGGAAACCCAUCUCCAAAGUUAGAUGAUAUCAAAAACAUCCUCGGUGCUGUCGGAGUGGAUACUGACGCUGAAGCUGCUAAGCUCGUCAUUUCACGGCUAGAAGGAAAGAAUAUUGAAGAAGUAAUCGCUGAGAGGCGCUUCUGGUUUGGUGGCGGUUAG